CUCCCUCCCAUCCAUCCGCCCUCCAGCUGUGUUGUUCGUCCUCCCGUUUUCGCUCUAGCGAAUCCGCUCGACAUCGUUGGGGGUUUCCCUGCUCGUCCGCCCUCUUCUCCCCCGUCUGCCCUUCCCAUGUCGUCCCCCACUGAGAAGGAGGCUGGCUCGACCGAGCCGGUCAAGGAUACCAACCAACCUGAGAUUCCUUCCGAGGAGCCAGAAAAGAGGAAGAGAGAGUAUAAGGACUUUGGACAUGAUGAGGUGAAGGCUACGCACGCUAAGGUGGACAUGUCGCAAAUCCAGUUGCGUGCGGAGGAUCUAUACGACAAGGAAAAGGUCGACCUCGAGACCAUCGUCGUGGAGGAUGUUUUUAGACUUCUCCAGUGCGAUGAUAACGGUCUGUCGCCCGAGGAGGCCAUCCGUCGUAUCGAGCUGUUCGGCCCGAACAAGCUUGAAUCGGAGGAACAAAAUGCCUUUCUGCAGUUCCUGUCGUUCAUGUGGAACCCGCUUUCCUGGGUCAUGGAGGGCGCUGCGCUUGUCGCUAUCGUCCUGUCGAACGGCGAGCACCAGCCCCCAGACUGGGAGGAUUUCAUCGGUAUCGUCCUGCUUCUGUUCGUCAACUCGGCCAUCGGUUUCUACGAGGAGCGCAACGCCGGCAACGCUGUCAAGGCGCUCAUGGACUCUCUCGCUCCCAAGGCGAAGGUCAAGCGUGCUGGGCAGUGGAAGGAGAUUGAGUCAUCGGAUCUCGUCCCCGGUGACAUGGUUUCGUUCAAGAUCGGUGACAUCGUCCCCGCGGACUGCCGUCUGACCGAGGCUAUCAACAUUUCGAUCGACCAGGCUGCGCUCACGGGUGAAUCUCUGCCCCAGAGCAAGAAGGUCGGCGACCAGUGCUUCUCCGGCUCGACUUGCAAGCAGGGCGAGGCUGAGGGUGUCGUCAUCUCAACUGGUCCGAACACGUUCUUCGGUCGUGCCGCGUCGCUCGUCGGUCAGGACGAUGACACCACGGGUCACUUGCAGAAGAUUCUCGCGCAGAUUGGUUCAUUCUGCCUGAUCUCUAUUGGUAUUUUCGUCAUCGCCGAGAUCUUCUGCUUGUACGCGGGCUUCCGCUACAACUACCGUCGCGGUCUCAACAACAUCCUGGUGCUCUUGAUCGGUGGUAUCCCCAUUGCCAUGCCUACCGUGUUGUCUGUCACCCUCGCCGUCGGUGCUCAGCAGCUCGCGAAGUACAAGGCUAUCGUCACUCGUAUCACCGCCAUCGAGGAGCUCGCCGCCGUCACCAUCCUGUGCUCCGACAAGACUGGUACGCUCACGACCAACAAGCUCACUAUCGACCGCGAGACGAUCCGUACCUACGGCCCCUUCUCCGCGGAGGAUGUCAUUCUCUUGGCAGCGUACGCCUCUCGUACCGAGAACCAAGAUGCCAUCGACUCUUGCGUUGUUGGCGCCCUUACCGAGACGUCUCGCGCUCGUUCUGGCAUCAAGCUCCUCGACUUCAAGCCGUUCAACCCCGUCGACAAGCGCACGGAGAUCACGUACCGUGAGGAGUCGACCGGUCGUCUCAAGCGUGUCACGAAGGGUAUGACUGGUAUCAUCAUCGAGCUUUGCACGCGCAACAAGAGCGAGGAGCAGGAGAACAAGCUCGAGGCUGACGUCGAGGAGUUCGCCAUGCGUGGUCUUCGUGCUCUCGCUGUCGCCUACGAGGAGGUUGAGGGUGACGACUUCGAGGGCGAGGGUAACGGCUUCGAGCUCAUCGGUCUUCUCCCCAUCUUCGACCCUCCCCGCUCGGACACGAAGCAGACGAUCGACGAUGCCAUGGCUCUCGGCGUCAAGGUCAAGAUGGUUACUGGUGACCAGCUCGCUAUCGCGAAGGAGACUGGCCGUCGUCUCGGUCUCGGCGACCACAUGUAUCCCGCCAAGGUGCUCAAGGACGGACCUGAGGCCGGUGGCAAGCACGCUUCCCUCGACGAGAUGAUCCUCGACGCUGACGGUUUCGCGGGUGUUUUCCCCGAGCACAAGUACGAGAUCGUCAAGCGUCUUCAGGGUCUCGGCCACUUGGUUGCCAUGACUGGUGAUGGUGCUAACGACGCUCCCGCUCUUUCCCGUGCCAACGUCGGUAUCGCCGUCGAGGGUGCUACUGACGCCGCUCGUGGUGCCGCCGACAUCGUCUUGACGGAGCCCGGUCUUUCCACCAUCGUGCACGCCAUCCGUGGAUCGCGUAUCAUCUUCCAGCGCAUGCGCAACUACUCGAUCUAUGCCUGCGCCGUUACCAUCCGUAUCGUCGUCUGCUUCGCUAUCCUGGCCUUCGCGUUCAAGUUCGACUUCCCGCCGUUCAUGGUCCUGAUCAUCGCCCUGCUCAACGAUGGUACCAUCAUGACCCUCUCUGUCGACCGCGUCCUGCCCUCGAACUCUCCGGACAGCUGGGACUUGGCCGAGAUCUUCUCGUACGCCGUCGCAUAUGGUAUCUACCUCACCGCGUCCACGAUUGCUCUCGUCGCCAUUUGCAUCAAGACGACGUUCUUCUACGACAAGUUCGGUGUCGUCUUCGAGAACGGCGCGAUCCAGGCUACGAACCACAACGACCGCUGCCUCCACUCGAUUGUGUACCUCCAGGUUGCCAUCAUCUCGCAGGCCCUGAUCUUCGUCACGCGUUCGCACUCGUUCUUCUUCAUGGAGCGUCCGUCGGUCGCGCUGUUCGUCGCGUUCUGCAUUGCGCAGCUCAUCUCGUCGAUCAUCGCCGUGUACGCCAACUGGGGCUUCACUGACAUCCACGGUAUUUCUGGUGGCUGGAUCGGUAUCAUCUGGAUUUGGGACAUCAUCUGGUUCGUCCCUCUCGACUGGAUCAAGUUCGCGAUGAAGGCUACCAUCAUCAAGUCGCUUCGCGAGCGCCACAACGCCGCGAUGGCCCAGGCAACCAUCGCCCAGUCGUCGGGCGUCCCCAUGACCCGCACCCAGUCCCGCGCGGCCUCCGUCCACGAGUCGCUCUACAAGAACCGUGUGUCGUUCAUCCGCCGCGCUGCCCGCAAGGUCGGCUUCGGCCAGAAGGUCUCGAUGAAGCCCGAGGAGCUCCAGCGCUUUAGCAGCAUCCAGGCCCAGCGUGCGGGUGCGACGCUCGCGCGCAACCCCUCCCGCACCGCUGCAUAGAUGAGUACGCAGGCUGCUGGCGCGUUGGUGGCUGGCCGUGGCUAAGACGCAGGUGUCUCCUUCCUCUCCGUCGAUUUCGUUCGUGUAUACCCCCUGUAAUUCCGCCUACCCCUCGACACCUGUGGCACUGGUCUCUGGUUGGCUCCUCGCGCGUCGGUGCGUCUCGCGUGCUUGUGUUCCCAUAUUAUUACUUCGACGACUCGUGUUUUACCAUGACCUUGACUCUUUUUCAUGUUGUACACGCCUCACGAUGUGCGGUAUCAUUCCGUAGUUCGCAUCACACGACUUGUAUGGUAUAUACGUAGCAAAAGUAAUCUCAUGCAUAGAUUCCCGGG